CUCGGGCCGCACCCGGGAGGGGUGCCCAGCUGGGCGUGUGCGCCCACCUGUUUCGGCGCGUUUCCCACGGCUGACUGGGCCGGGCUGGGGAGGCUUAGAGCCUGAGCGGGGGCGGCGACGGAGAGAAGGAGCCGCGGGACGGAGGGCCGCGGGCCAGGACCGAGGAUUGACGCGCCCUGAGCGGGGGGGGCAGGGCGUUGGCCCGGGUGUGGAUCCCCUCGCACUGUACGCCCCGCCCGCCGUCAGCGCGCACUCUCCGUCGCGUUUCCCAGCUGGGCGCGCCCUCCGCUCAAGCGUCGGUCAGACCCGCGUCCGCCCCGCCCUUGCCCCCCCGUGGGCGUUCCGAGGCCAGCUCCAGCCGCCGCGCUCCGAGCCGCAUACUGUCCGGGCCCCCGGCCUCCCCGGCUCCGCCCGACUUCGGUGCAUUGAGGGCGCACAUGGCAGCGGUGGGGCCGCGGACCGGCCCUGGCGCCGGGGCCGACGCGCUGGCACUGGCGGCAGAGCUGCAGGGGGAGGCGACGUGCUCCAUAUGCCUGGAGCUCUUCCGCGAGCCCGUGUCCGUCGAGUGCGGCCACAGCUUCUGCCGUGCCUGCAUCGCGCGCUGCUGGGAGCGCCCCGGCGUGGCGGCCCCCGCUGCUCCCCGCGCGUUGCCCUGCCCCCUGCCCUGCCCGCAGUGCCGCGAGCCCGCGCGCCCCAGCCAACUGCGGCCCAACCGGCAGCUGGCAGCGGUGGCCGCGCUGCUGCGGCGCUUCAGCCUCCCCGCGGGCGCGCUAGGGCAGCGCGAGCCUACGCGGGCGGCGGCAGGAUGCGCACUGCACGGCGAACCGCUCAAGCUCUACUGCCAGGACGACGGACGCGCCAUUUGCGUGGUGUGCGACCGCGCCCGCGAGCACCGCGCACACGCAGUGUUGCCGCUCGACGAGGCGGUGCAGGAGGCCAAGGUGAGCGCCGGCGCCACCCCAGCCGGUCCCCGGGUACCCCAGUUCCGGCCCCGCCUUGCGACGCACGCAAUACAGACGACAGGCAGGCAGGCGCUCCGGAGCUCCUGGAAUCCAGGCUGGAGGUCUUGAAGAAGGAUCUAGAGGACUAUGAGGUGUUUCGUUCCACUGAAGAGUGGGAGAGCAAGGAGCUCCUGAAACAGAUGGCAGCCGAGCGAGAGAAGGUGAGUGUGGAAUUCCAGGCACUGAGGGCCUUCCUGGUAGAGCAGGAGGGUCGGCUCCUGGGCCGUCUGGAGGAGCUUUCCCUGGAGGUGACACAGAAGCAGAAUGAGAACCUGGCCCAGCUCGGGGGAGAGAUCACCCAGCUCUCCAAGCUCAGCAGCCAGAUUCAGGAGACAGCUUGCAAGCCUGACCUCGACUUUCUCCAGGAUUUCAAAAACACACUAAGCAGGUGCAGCAACGUGCCUGGCCCCAAGCCAACCACAGUCUCUUCUGAGAUGAAAAAUAAAGUCUGGAAUGUUUCCCUCAAGACCUUUGUCUUAAAGGGGUUGCUCAAGAAGUUCAAAGAGGAUCUUCUGGGAGAGCUGGAGAAGGAGGAGAAAGUGGAGCUGACCUUGGACCCCAACACAGCCAACCCCCGGCUCAUCCUCUCUCUGGAUCUUAAGAGCGUGCGCCUCGGACAGCGCCCCCAGGAACUGCCCAGCCACCCGCGCCGCUUCGAUACCAACACGCGGGUCCUGGCGUCCUGCGGCUUCUCCUCCGGGCGGCACCACUGGGAGGUGGAAGUGGGCUCCAAGGACGGCUGGGCCUUCGGAGUGGCCCGUGAGAGUGUGCGCCGCAAGGGCCUCACGCCCUUCACCCCCGACGAGGGCGUCUGGGCGCUGCAGCUCAACAGCGGGCAGUACUGGGCAGUGACCAGCCCUGAACGGACGCCGCUCAGCUGCGGGCACCUGUCCCGCGUGCGGGUGGCCCUGGACCUAGAGGUGGGGGCCGUGUCCUUCUACGCCGUGGAGGACAUGCGCCACCUCUACACCUUCCGCGUCAAUUUCCAGGAGCGCGUGUUCCCGCUUUUCUCCGUCUGCUCUACUGGCACCUACUUGCGAAUCUGGCCUUGAAAGGCAUUGCCGGGCCUCCUAUAGGGCACCAGUCAGCGGCGACUCCUCCUUGUCCUGGCUGCCCUGGGAAGGAAUGUCACCCUCCGGCUGGGCCUCCUGUGCACUUUGGGUCUGGUGUCCACUCUUCUGCCCCAUGCUGCCCCCAAGGGGCUUUUGCAGACUACACCAUUGGAAGCUUGAGAGUGGGCAGUUGGGAGAAAGGGCUCUGUGGUUAACUGAGCAGGGGAAGAGAUGCCUUGGACCCUCAGGCCUGUCCCCUGCCUGUUGUUGACAUUUGGGCUUGGCCUGAGCUGUGAGGAGGUAGUGGCAGAUGAGGACCCAUCUCAGCUGUUGGCAGAAUUGCUUUCUAUCCCUGGGGCUGUGGCCCCAACUCUGCAGGGCUUCUGGUUUCCUGGAGCAACACCAAGCCCUGGUGCUGGGCUGUCCUCACUGGCAAGGGCGCAGGUUCAGGCCUAGCCACCAGGUUCUUUUCUGCCUUCUUGUCAGCUGCCCACUCUGCCUUCAUAGCCCCGGAUCCAGCUGGCCUGAGGAGGUCAUCUCCUCAAGCUUUACUCACAGCUCAGAGAGUAUGGGCCAGAACUUGAAGACCUUUGACCUGUACAUGAGAGAAAGGUCCAGGACACAGUGUGUAGGCAUGGCUGCCCUCCAGUACCCCUCCACGUGAUGAUACAGUCAUUUGUAUCUCCUUGGCCACAGUGACAGCCACAUAUUCUCACAAUGCCUAAAUCCCUUUCACAUGCCAAAGGACAGUCUUCCUUGGGCAAGGAGACCAAAGGUUCUGGAAUUCUGAAACACCAAUUUUACAGAUGCAACUACCACCAGCAUGGAAAUGCACAGAGCACAAACAUGCAUCUUACAGACUUUUCUGGAACGUGCCAAAUGUGUGUCAACAGCAGAGGACCCUGGUGCCAAGGCCUGCUCAGCCUGUGCCCCAUGGGUUAUCCCUUGGCUAAUUGUUCUCCAGCUUCUGUAUGGUUGGGCUUCCAGAAAGUGGUGGCAGACUGUCCCUUGCUUAGCGCUCCCCAGGAAAGGGGGGUGGGGAAAUGGAAAUACAGACUGUCAGCUCAUU